CGAGCGAAUUGAACGUUUUAAAUCCGUUUUAGUUCUUCGAUCCAUCAGUGUUCCCCCGAAGGCGAUCGUGACCGAACGCAAGUAUCCAGCUACGACAGCGCCAGUGUUUCUGCAAACAAGUAAAGGUCCUGUAACAUACGAAGGCCUUCAUUGUGUGACUGCAUUGACCGGUUCGAGAGGAAUUUUUCGGUUGCAUUUGUUAACCCAUCACAACGGAGAGCCCCAGGCAAACGGGGCCACAAGCUCGUGUUUCGGGGAAGGACAGUGCUCCCCCCGCCAAGCGACGCUGGGUCCCACCAUCAACAUUGCGCCAUAAACAAGAUGUUAUUGUUACACCGGAAUCCCGUAACGACCUCGUCUUUCUUCCAGAAGCUGAGCGAUGAUAUACUGCAUACAGAAUUAACUUCACAUAAUAUACUUAAAGGUGUUAUUUUGUUGAUCUUCGAAAAGGCACUCGAUGAGCCGAAAUACUCGUCUAUGUACGCACAGCUGUGCAAGCGGCUGUCAGAGGAAGCUCCUAACUUUGAGGAAAAGGGACCGUGCACAUUCCGACUGCUCCUGCUUAAUAAAUGUAAGGCCGAAUUCGAGAGUCGAUCCGAACUGUUGGAUAAACAUGCUUGCGAUCCUCUUUUGGACGAGGAAGAGCGUCGCCAGUUGGCAAAGCGCAAAAUGUUGGGUAAUAUUAAAUUUAUCGGCGAACUGGGCAAAUUGGAGAUUCUAUCGGAGGGUAUCUUACAUCGCUGCAUACAAGAACUAUUGGGUCCGCGACGAGGGGAGGAUCCAUCGGAAGAUCUGGAAUGUCUUAGUCAAAUCAUGCGCACGUGCGGUCGCAUUUUGGACUCGGACAAGGGUAAAAAGUUGAUGGAUCAAUAUUUCGAACGCAUGUCGUUAUUGGCGGAUAAUAUCGAUUUACCACCGAGAAUCAGAUUCAUGUUGAAGGAUGUUAUUGAAUUGAGAAGAGACUGUUGGAGACCUCGAAAAUCUGCAAUCGUCGAAGGUCCCAUGCCAAUACAUCAAAUUCGACCAAUUGAUGACGAUCGACUUAACUAUCGUGCCAGGAAUGAACGUAUUCAAGAACAAAGGGACCAGGAUAGAUCCGAGCUGUUCCGUCAUCCCAUGAAAACACGAAGUGGUAUAGAUAAUAUGCUAAUGGGGCUCACGUUAAGCUCACCUAGCACCAAUCUUAUUUCUGCUCAUUCUUUCAGUCCUAACGGCUUCGGUAGCCAAAGAGACGGCGGUUUCAGGCCCCACAACAACCAACGCUCCGGUUUCGGGUAUAAUAAUCAACGCGGACAGUAUAAGCACAACCAAACUAACACCAACAACCAAUUUAACACACAAUCGAGUAAAGAUCUUGCGCCACGUUUUAAAAAGAAUUUAAUUGUCCCGCACGAAGAAGAUCUCGGCGAAUUACAGUUACGACCCUCCAUGAUAUUUAACAAAGCGUCGAUGAAAAGUAGCAACAUCAUGAAUAAUCGAUCGACUGAGCCGCAAUUGCAAACUCCAAGUAGCAAUAAGCAAACGCCGACGGCUCUACUAAAGGAAGCACUGCCGAUUAAACAAGCGUCUGUGGAGAAACCGAAACAAGGGAAAAAGGAUAAGGGUCCAACCAAAGAAGAACUGUUAAAAAAGCACAUCGCAAUGUUGGAAGAGUAUUUCAAAGGCGACAUAGAUAUCAUUCAAGCUGUCGACUCGUACAAAGAAUAUAAAAUACCGGACAAGUUUGCCAAGGACAUUAUCGUUUCCGCUCUCACUACAUCACUAGAUAAAACUGAAUCAGACCGAGAAAAAACGAUUCAAUACCUGGCGCGAUUACGCAAAGAAAACGCAAUAAACGCCAACCUAAUACACGACUCCCUGAAGAUCGUGUGCAACAAAGUGGAGGAACGGGAAAACGAAAUCACAAAAGUCACUUCGGCCACUGCCAUUUUACUAGCGAUCGCCGUAACGGAAAAUUUAAUAUCGCUCACCGACGUCGCCGCCCUCACCGACAACGGCACCUACUAUCCGCUCUUCGUUCUGGUUUUGCAACAUCUGCACAAGGUGUUGGGAAAAUCUCCCCUAACCGAUUUAUUUAAUAUUAGUAAGGUAAAUUUGUUGUCGCAACUGCCAGAGACCGACAAGACAAAGAUGAGACUGGCCGAAAUUUUGGAAGAGCGCGAUCUCACCUUCCUCUAUCCGCCGCUGAAGAUCCAAGCCGAACUGAGCAAACAGCUGCACGCGGAUCCGAAUCCUCAGCAGUUCUACAAGUGGAUUAAGGAUAAUCUCGAUCCCGCCAACUUUACGGAUCCCGGAUUUAUAAAUGCGCUAAUGACUGUUCUUCUCAAGUACAUAACUCAGGAAUCAGCCUCCAUUGUUGGCGACGAUAAAGCCGUCAGCGAAAAAGAAAACAGUAUUUUAGAACGAUACAGGCCUAUCCUAAGCGCGUUCCUACGCGAGCAACCCUCUUUGCAACUGAUCGCGGUCUAUUCGUUACAAGUUCACUUCUGCGAGUUAGGUUUUCCUCGUGGUCAGCUGUUGCGAUGGUUUAACGCUCUCUACAAUUUGGAAAUAGUGGAGGAGGAGGCAUUUCUAACCUGGAAGGAGGACGUCACCGACGCUUAUCCGGGCAAGGGUCAGGCCUUGUUCCAGGUUAAUCAGUGGCUGACGUGGUUGCAAGAGGCCGAAUCGGAGGAGGACGAAGGAGAUGAGUAAAUCGUGAUACAUUCACUUAGGCAAAAUGUUAGGAUAUAAAAUGAAAAAGGAGAGUUUUCUCAUGUUUUGUUUUUGAAGUCGGCAACAAAAGUAUUUUAAAUAGCAAACUUGUCCCUUUUAGCUUUAUUUGUUUAAAACUUUCAAAUGGCACUCCACGCUGAGCGUCCAUUGAUCAUCUUAGUGGAAUUGUACAUUAUAUUAUCGUCGUUCGUCGUGUGUGACCGGUUUUUUAUAAUUUAAUUAAUGAACAGUAGUCGUGAUGUUAGAUCUGUAAGUUGUGUCUAUAAGUAUUGUUUUCCAAAUUAUAUUCAAGAUUUACAAACGAAAGCGUAAGUGUUCUACACACAUCUUACCUCUUUAUAGUCGUAUUUUUGUUUUACUAAGAUUUUUCCGAAUGUAUUUUUACUUUUCCAAAGUCUGUAUAGGUUUACUCUUAAAACAAAUUAAAAUGUUUAGUUUUAAUUUACAAAGAAUUUAAAAGUACUUGCUUAGCUUAGUAGAAAUUCAUUCUCACCACACAAAUUUAGUUCAAUUUUAUUCUCAACUGUGAAUUUUGUGUUUGAUUAAAUAAACAAUUAGGUUGG